AGUCUGCUGCCGGCAAGUGAUUAUGCCUUUGCGACCAGUGUAGACCAAGAUGUGCACACAGCUUCGAAUAAUAAAUGGCAUUUCCCAAAUUGAAUGAUGGACCAGUCCAUUAUAGAAAUUUAGCAGGGUAAAGGUUAAUAAACAAAAGAUUUCACACGAAACACGAGUAUGGCUAUUUCUACCAAUAUUUGAGCCCGAAAAAAAAAAGAAUAAGUACUAAAUACACACAAUUUUCAAAAGCUUUUUGUCGUCGAUCAGGACUCGUACUGUUGUCAUCUUUACUAGAUACAAAAAUUGAAGAUAUAAUUAUUUCCCCUUUCACAAUUCUUAUUAUUUCAAAUACAGAUGUAAAAUGAUAUCCUGACGACUUACAACGAAAAAAGAUAAAGUUGUUUUACGAUUCAAUUUGUAUUCUAAUAUGAACAAUCAUGUUUAUUUCCAUUUAAACACGGAACAUGACGCAAACUGAACCUACUAUUUGGCGUUAUACUUGUGCCAAGAUAUUGUGCUACCGUAUUUCCUCCUCAUGUUUAAUAUUAAAGACGAAAUCGGAAAAAUAUAUAACAAAACCGUGUUUUGAUACAUUUAAACACUCAGAAGACGUUAUGCGCCGCGUGGAAUGAUUCGCUCGAUUUUCGUAGGCGUAUAAACACUUAGUCAGGUUUAAAUGUAUCAAACUAUGGUCCUGCUACAUAUUAUUUCUUCAGUAAAACAACUUCACUGAACAUAAUUUAGUACACUUCCAAUGGUUUAAGCAUUUUGUCUAAUGUCCUGUACAUUAUUGACAUUUUCAUUUGUAGUGUAUAUAGUGGUCAAAUAUCACCUGGUUGAGACGCUAUCGGGUAUAAGGUCACGUUCUAAUUUUAUGAUAAAAGAAACAAUGGAAUAUUUAAAUGUUACGUAUUAGAAUAAAGGGGAUUUACCUAAACACACAUCAGAUUUGGAUUUUACGACAUAAAAUGUGCAGGCAGUGAAAUAUGGCUAUCAGUUUGUUGAAGGAAUAUAAUAGUUUCAUUUUCUAUUGUUUGAAUAUAUAUUUAAUUCUCAUUUAAUAAGCUGGAUACAAAAAAUAUCGUCAGAAAGUUUAUGAAUAAAAAAUGGAAGGAAGUGAUUCUCCGUUUUCGGGACCUACCCCGGCAAAAACAGUCGAUGUAAGACAUGAAAGCGAUGCUAAUGAUGAAAAUAAACCUUUACUUACAAAUAACCAUGAAAAUGGUGAUGACCUAGGUUACCGGAAAUUCCGCGGACUGGAAAUAGAUACAACAUGGCUGCAUUGGCUAAUAGGACCUAUAAUUUUUGCGUAUAUGUUCGCUAUGUUAUGCUCCUAUUAUGCGCUGGUCGAGUAUACAAAUCAGUAUUUUAUGAAGAGUGAAUACACGAAAGCAAACUUGUCUUUGGACAAUACGACUGAUGCAUUUUGCGAAGUGGACAAGAAUAAUAUUGUGUAUCAAACAGAAGUGAGGGCGACUUCCGAAGCUUCUACAUGGAACGUUUAUUAUGCCGUAGCUGCCGGUGUUCCCGCCGUACUCUCCAACAUGGUGCUUGGUUCAUACACUGAUGCGAUUGGUCGAAAGUUCCUAUUAGCGGUGGGGAUAAUUGGUACAUGCCUUCGACUAAGUAUAGCGGCGGUCACUAUUUAUCUAGAAGCAGAUAUCAUAUAUUUGUUGAUUGCAUGUUUCGUAGAAGGAUGCACGGGCCAGUAUGCAACAACUUUACAAGUUGGCCUUGCCUACAUUGCUGAUAUUACAAAACCCGGGAGAGCUAGAAUCCUCGGCAUUAUAUUCGUAGAGUUUGUAAUAGGUGUAGGUUUGUCAGGAGCUAGUUUGGCGGAAGGAUAUAUGGUAGAAUGGAAAGGUUAUAUGUUUACAUUUGCUUCGAUGGCGGCAGUUCUUGUAUUAACACUUCUCUUCAUGAUCUUCCUACUUCCGGAAACACUGACAAAAGAACACCGUCACAGAGACAAAUCGUGUGUAGGUUUACUCAAAAUCAGCCUAUCCUUCUUUGUGGACAAUGACUCAGAGAACAGACGCUGGAAAUAUCAGUUAGUCCUGUUGAUCCACGCACUUUGUAAUAUUAGUUUUCUCUCACGAUUACCUACUGAGACACUAUACCAACUUGCCUCACCCUUCUGUUGGUCCCCAACUAAAAUUGGCAUAUACGCUGCCAUUAGAACUUUAGUUAUUAUGUUUGUGGGAUUGGGGUCAGUGCAUCUGUUCUCGAGAUUCAUUGAUGAGAUCUGGAUUUGUAUGAUAGGGACAGUUUCCUACGGCGCUGCGUUUUUCUGGACGGCUUUCGUUGACAACGACUUGGAAUACUAUAUAAUUAUAGCGGUAGGAUGUUUCGGUCCAUUGUCAACCACCAUGCAGCGCAGCAUUCUUUCUCAUUUGACACCUCCAGAAAGACAAGGAGCAAUAUUCAGUGCUGUAGGCACGCUUGAAGUUGUGACAUCACUGCUGGCAAAUGUCAUGACAAGUUGGAUUUACGCAGCCACCGUUUCAUACAUGCGAGGCUUGGUUUUUCUUACAGUUGGUGGUUUUGAUGCCAUCUGCAUUGUAUUGUUGAUUGUAUUGAAGAUAGGAUGGCACGUUGAGAAGAGAAGAAAUAAAUAUAAACAGCUACCACAGGCUGAGAUAAUUGUUCCAGAAUCAUAGCGGCUUAAUGGAUUUCCAUGCUGAAAAUAAUUCAGUCCUACUUUAUGCAGGAAUUUCAUUUGAUUAUGUUGUAUUUUUAAUGAAUCGUUUCUAGUUUCUCUAGUACUGGGUAACACAUUGAAUAAAGAAAAAAAUAGUUCUGAUUAGUUUCAAUUUGAAAAAGUAACUGCUCCGUCAACUUGGUGUUGCAGUGAUCCACUUAGAAAAUUACGAUAACAGUGAUCAACUUGCAAAAAAUGACCCUUUUUUACAACUCAGAGAGUCUCGAAAUUAGUUUUCAAAUUACAUAUAUCAUCAUGAUAUACAAAACAAUUUGGUUCGUUUAAUAUUUGAACAGACAUUGAAUCGGCAUCAAGUCUAUAUCAACAUCGGCUUCAGCUGACAAUAUUACAUGAGUAGUGAAACAUUUGUAUUUAGUACACUUGACCUUG